AUGCCAUCUGUACAGGUAGACUCGCCAAGCAACCCCGGACCCAGCAUUCGGGGCGGUCACCCUGAGGCACAGACGCGAUGCCUCAAGCCACUGGUCUACUCAGGCUCGCUGGAGAAGUACACCUAUGCAGACGUGACCCCGGUCAUCGGCCGCGAGUUUGAAGGCCUUCAGGUGACAGAGCUUCUUACUGCGGAAGAUGCCGUGAUCAGGGACCUCGCAUGCACCAUCUCCCAGCGAGGGGUGGUUUUCCUCCGCGACCAGGAGGUCACACCUGAACAGAUGAAGCAGUUCUGUCUGCGCUUGACCGAAGCUGCUGGAUGUCCUGAAUCAUCUGGUCUACAUGUCCAUCCGUUGACCGAAGAGGGCAGUGAGCUCGGUGACCAGAUCAGUGUGAUUAGCAGCGAGAAGCAAAAGAAGGGUGGUGGUCUCACUCACCAGCUCAGUGAUGUCAGCCGCUUUGCCAGUGCCGGCUGGCACACGGAUAUCUCAUUUGAAGCGGUGCCAUCCGACUAUGCCAUGCUUAAGAUUCACACGCUUCCCCCAACUGGUGGCGACACACUAUGGGCCUCGGGCUACGAAAUUUACGAUCGCUUGUCUCCCAGUAUGCAGACUUUCCUGGAAGGCUUGACGGCCACCCAUGACGCGAACUUCUUUCACGACGAGGCAAGACGUCUUGGAAACCCGAUUCGAAAGGAAGCCCGAGGCUCCCCCUUGAAUCUUGGUGAAAACCUCCAGGCUGUCCACCCCGUGAUCCGAACGAAUCCUGUGACUGGCUGGAAGUCUGUUUAUGUGAACAAGGGCUUCACCAAGCGUAUCAAUGGUGUGACUAAGGAUGAAUCGGACAUGCUUCUUGGCUACCUUUUCAACCUUGUGACCCAGAACCACGACGCUCAGGUCCGCUUCAAGUGGCGAAAGAACGACCUGGCGAUCUGGGACAACCGAAGCAUGUGGCACUGUGCCACAUACGACUAUGCUGAAGCGCGGGCUGGUGACCGGGUUGCCUCUCUUGGAGAGGCGCCUUACUUGGACCUGUCCAGCAAGAGCAGACGCGAGGCACUAGGACUUUGA